GGAACAAUUGUUGCGCGGGCAAUGCGGACCGUGUUCGCGUGUGCGGUACGUGCCGCUCGUGUUUACAUAUUUUUGUUGCAGUUUAUUUUGCAAUAUAAAUCACGAUUUAAACAAUUUGAAAAUGUAUUCGGUUAGGCUGAUUUGCGCCGAUAGUUAUCAAGCUACACCGAUUCCAGAGGUCGAUCCAACCUUCUCACAAUUUCGGGGUAGCGACAUCAAACAGGUUCCUGUUUUACGAAUUUUUGGAACCACACAAAAUGGUGAAAAAGUUUGCUUGCACAUUCACGGAGUCUUUCCUUACUUGUACGUGCCUUACUCAGGUCAAAUCAAAGCAGAUAUUUUAGCAUAUCGUCUUGCUGCUGCAUUAGAUACAGCUAUCAAUAUAUCAUUAGGUUCGGCUAAAGCAAACACUCAACAUGUUUACAAAGUUCAUCAAGUUUCUGGAAUACCUUUUUAUGGGUACCACAGGAAGAAUCACCAUUUCUUCAAGAUUUAUUUCUACAAUCCUGCCAUGAUAAAACGAGCCACAGAUUUAUUACAGAAUGGAUGUAUUCUGGAUCAAGUAUUUCAACCACACGAAGCUCACAUACCAUUUACAAUGCAAUUCAUGAUUGACUAUAACAUAUAUGGCAUGAGCAUGAUAAAUUUAAGGAAUGUUAAACAUCGUCACAGUGCCACAGUUUCUCAAACUGAAGAGAAAUUAUCCAAUAAUUCAAACAAUCUUUCUGAUUUCGAGUCAGAAGUUAAAGAAUAUUUGCCUUAUUCAGUCAAAAAGCAAAGUGUUUGUAAAUUGGAAAUAGAUGCUUGGGCUUCUGAUAUUCUGAAUCGAGAAGUUAUAGACAAAGGAAUGGAUCUAAAUCCAGGCAUUGAUGCAAUUUGGGAAGAAGAAAAAGCUAGAAGGGCUCAAGCUGGUUUGGUUGGGGAAUCUCAAUUAACACAUCCUAGUAGCCCUGAGAGGUCUCAAGCAGCACGUAUUUUAACAGAUAAUGAUAUUUAUCACCAAAAACGUUUAGCUCAGCGUUUAUGUGUGAUUGAAUCACAGGGUGAUGAAAGUUCAUUGUCACCUAAUUCACAAAAUUCUUCGUAUCCUUUACCUGUACCAGAUGAUAGUAAUUUAUUAAAUGCUUCACGGUUAGAAAUACAUGCUGGGCCCCUAGGUACAAGUGCUAUCCAACAAAGUAUUAAUCAAUCAGAUUCAGAUUUGAAUAAUGAGUCCAUCAUGCUAUCUUGGCAAUCUCAAGCAUCAUUCAGCGAUAUAUCUUUGAACAGCAGUGACCUUGAAGUUGUGGAUUUAUUAGCAAAUUUAGCCAAAGAUCAAGAAGAUAUUCCUAGUUCGAUUGAUUCAAAUAGUAUUCUGGGAUCACAAAAAUCGCAACGAAAUUUGGAAGACCUUGGUGUUGAACAAGACAACCCUGCUGAUGUAGAAGAUGAGGGAGAAGAAGUGACAGAUUUAAAUCUCACAAAUUUAGAGUUGGAUCUUCUGAAUUUCAGUUCGUGGGAAACUAAUGUAGAUAAAUCACAACCGCCAAGUAAAACUAAUGAAUCCCAAAUUGAGCUUGUUCUCGAGUCUCUGAAUCCUCAUACACCGUCACGUACCGAUAAUAUUCCACAGCUCGAUGGUCCUAUAGACGAUGAAAACGCUCGGACGAGCGCUGAGGAUCCAGAUAUGACCAUAGAAAGACGAGAAUUCGUCAUCUGCGAGUAUAGACAAGGAAGAGGUGGUAGACGUUCAACCGCAGUGACGCCUGGUAAAAGAAAACGCGUUUCCAGCAGUGACGAUGACGAUUCUCGUGGAAGUGAAAAGAAAACUAAAACGAAAGAUUCACUACCUAAAACACCCCGUAGAUCGCCGUCGAAACGAAUGAACAAACUAACGAGCCCGAGCUGUCCAAACAGGACUUAUUCACCGUUAAGCUUAGAAAUAUCCUGUGGUCAGAAGACUCCCAAAAGCUCACCACUUAAAUCACCGACCACAAGACCAUUUGAUAGACGAAAAAUGAGAGAAGCUUUUCGGCGCAAACGAAUAUUUUCGCCGGUUAAAGAAUCGAAUCUCGAAGAGGAACACGACGAAGGAACUUCAAAUGCCUCAAAGAAACCAUCAGCUUCUAUUUUUGACGAAAAAUUAAAUUUGCCGAUUCCUUCAAAUAAAUCGCCUUCAAGCGAAUCAGACGAACAACUUACUCCAAUCAUAGAACAAAUACACAAUUCUAAUGAAUCUCCUUCAGAAGCUUUACAUGAUCAAGCAUCGCCUCUUCUUUUAGAGCAACCACAUAUUUCACCACUUGAUUUCGCAUCUAUCAAAGCACCAUCAGAAGCUUCAGAGGAACAAUCUCCCCUCAAAACACCCGUGGAUCAACCGCUCGUUUCUCCAAUUGAUUUGGCAUCUAUCAAAGCACUAUCCGAAACAUCAGAACCAUCAUCUCCUACUAUAGAGCAACGGCGUAUUUCGCCAGUUUUUGGUUCUAUGAAAAAAUCUUCAAAAACUCCUUUGAAGCUAUUUAUCUCCAAUCUGGAACAACAGCACACCUCAUCGUCUGAUUCUAUACCACCUUCUAAUCAGCUGGGCCAAGAAAUAUUCACAUUCGAUAUGAAAACUCCCGAUAGUGACCGUACUUUGGUAGAAGAUUCAGAUGAGUCAUUAGAAACGCUGACACCUUCAUCGCCUGAAAAUCCUGCGAUCAUAAACGAGAGCGACACCAACGAUACAGAGGGCUCUCAGGAAAAGAAGAGCACCCUUUCUUCUUACAAUUUUCCUCACGAUGUACUACACACCGUAGCAGAAAAAGAAGAGGGAUCAUCUCUAGAAUUUCAAGUCUCGUUUACGCAGGUGGAGGAAGUCUCUGAGUUUAUGAUGACUUUUACGCCUACGAGCAUCGAGCACAUCGAGAACAGUUCAAAGUCUCAGAAGAUACCUAAGCCUAAAGAAGAAGAGCUGUCUGAUAGUAGCGAAGAUGAUGAAAACCUGGAUAACAAAGAGGAACCCAAAACUCCACCUGGAUUCGGAAGUUGGCGUAACAUGGAAUUUACUGAUAAUCGCCAGCUGGGAGAAAAUCAAAAGACCUCGGACCAAGGCUGUUCGUCAUCAUCAAAAGGUACCGAGUUUGUAAUGACUUUUAAGCCUCCAAGCUUCGAACACAUCAAGAACAGUGCAAAGUCUCAGGAGAUACCUAAAUCUAAAGAAGAAGAGCUGUCUGAUAGUAGCGAAGAUGAUGAAAACCUGAAUAACAAAGAGGAUCCCAAAACUCCACCUGGAUUCGGAAGUUGGCGUAAAUUCACGGGUAAUGCAGAUACAGUGUUCCAGUUCGAUGAGCACGAAGAAGGCCUUAUAGCGAUUAGACCGUUAUAUUCGCCGCCUAGCAGAGAAAGUGUGGAAUCUUGGUUGAAAGCUAAAGAGAAAAGAGAACAAAAAGAAAAAGAAGAGAAAGAGAAAGUAGAGAAGGAAAUGGAGAAAAGCAGUAUAGCAACGCCGGACGUUUCGCUAAGUUUGUCAAAGAUAUUUCAUCCUGAAGAUUUCUCACAUCACUUGGGUGUAUCUUGUGGACAAAUUGAGUUUAAUUCAAGGUCGAGUGUAGUUGAUAUUGAAGAUGGUAAUCUCGGAAAGGCAAAGGCUUUGACAACGUAUCAAUUUUUGACGGUUCUCUGCUUGGACGUACAUCCCAUCACGAGACCAAAUUUGUUGCCUGAUCCUCGACAAGAUCGAAUUGCGGCUGUCUUCUACGCUAUACACAAUGACGUACCUCCAGACUGGAAUCAAGCAAAACCUCUGGACUGUGGUGUGAUUAUCGUGGAUCCAGAAAAAGUCAACUCCAAAAUAAAAAAGCUUAACGGCGGAACUGAACAAGAACAGUCAUUGAUCUAUGUGGAAAAAGAAGAGGACGUAUUUGAAGAAGUAGUGUCGCUUAUACAACGUUGUGAUCCAGAAAUUUUAAUCGGCUGGGAUAUCGAGUUUCUGUCGUGGGGCUACCUAUUUCAACGAGCAUCUGUUUUCGGAAAAAAUUUGAGCGGAAAAAUUUCCCGCAUUCCAAGCGCUAAAUGCAAUUGGGAAACUAGAGCACACGAUGAGUCUACAACGGAGCUACACUUGGAGACUUUGGUAGAGGUAAAGCUACCUGGGCGGAUCGUUUUGGAUAUCUGGAGAAUAAUGAGGAGUGAAAUCGCUUUAACAGGUUACACGUACGAGAAUGUCAUGUAUAAUGUUAUGAAUGAAAGAAUCCCAAAUCCAAGUUUUGAUACCUUAACAAAGUGGUGGAAUAGUAGCAAUACUCAGUGGAGAGUAAUAGACAACUACAGUAACAAGGUCAUAGGUGUCCACAGACUUCUUCAUCAUUUGGAUAUCAUUAAUCGAACGAGUGAGCAUGCUAGACUAUACGGCAUCCAGUUUUACGAGGUCUUCUCUCGAGGCUCACAGUUUCGAGUCGAGUCGAUGAUGUUGCGUCUAGCCAAACCCAUGAACUACAUAGCUGUUUCACCGUCGGCACAUCAACGGGGCUGUAUGCGAGCACCCGAGUCGUUGCCUCUCAUCAUGGAACCGGAAUCAACAAUGUAUCUCGAUCCCGUUGUCGUACUUGACUUCCAAAGUUUAUAUCCAAGCAUCAUCAUCGCUUACAAUUACUGCUUCUCCACUUGUCUUGGGCGCAUCGAACACAUUGGCUCUCCCCAUCCAUUUGAAUUUGGCGCAACGACUCUUAAAGUACAAAAGAAUCUGGCAAAGAAGCUACAAAAUAAAAUGAAUUUCGCUCCUUGUGGUGUUGCAUUUGUAAAAUCGGAUGUUCGUCGGGGAAUUUUACCUCGUAUGCUUACUGAAAUACUUGAGACCCGAUUAAUGGUGAAGAAGGCCAUAAAGGAUCAUUCAAAGGAAGAUCGCGCUUUGCAAAGAGCUCUGCAUUCGAGGCAGCUUGGACUCAAGUUGAUCGCGAAUGUAACUUAUGGUUACACGGCUGCAAAUUUUAGUGGAAGGAUGCCUUGCAUUGAAGUUGGCGAUAGCGUUGUUAGUAAAGGAAAGGAAACUUUAGAACGAGCCAUAAAAAUGGUAGAAUCGACUCCGGAAUGGGGAGCGCGAGUUGUUUACGGUGAUACCGACUCGUUGUUUAUUUUAUUAAAAGGUAAGACCAGAGAAGAGGCAUUUGCAAUCGGAGCAGAAAUGGCUGAUGCAGUUACAGCAGCGAAUCCAAAGCCGGUGAAACUAAAGUUUGAAAAAGUUAUGCAGCCUUGCAUACUCCAGACAAAGAAAAGGUAUUGUGGAUAUAUGUACGAAAAUUUGAACGACAAACCAGUAUAUUUGGCCAAGGGUAUCGAAACUGUUCGCCGAGACGGCUGCCCUGCUGUAGCCAAGAUCCUUGAAAAAAGUCUAAGGAUACUAUUCGAUACUAACAAUAUGUCGAUGGUUAAACAAUAUGUCACCCGACAGUUGGACAAAGUUCUUAGUGGAAGAGCAUCUAUACAAGAUUUGACAUUUGCUAAGGAGUUUCGCGGUAUGAAAGGAUACAAAGCUGCAGCUUGUGUACCGGCUUUAGAACUUACAAAAAGACUGAUUCAGAAAGAUCCGCGCGCCGUUCCGAGAACAGGUGCCAGAGUGCCUUACAUUAUCGUUGCAGGUGCUCCUAAUGAAGCACUUAUUCGGUGUGUACGAGCGCCGAUGGAAUUGAUUCUGGACCCUGGUUUGAGGCCGAAUGCUACGUAUUAUGUUACGAAAGUUAUCAUUCCACCUCUAAACAGAUGUCUCAAGUUGAUUGGAGUUGACGCUUACACUUGGUACAUGGAAAUGCCACACCGUCAAGCUCUUAAUAGAUUGCAAGGUCCAGCAUUAUUAAAUGCUAAUCGCAAGCAAAAAACGACGAUUUCUCAGUAUUUAUGCAAUGCAACUUGUCCAUCCUGUGGGCAAUCAUGUGAUAGAGGUAUAUGUGCUGAGUGCGUUAAUAAUCAAAGUCAAACACUUGUUGUACUUCAUGAAAAAUGUAGACAAUACGAAAGAAUUUAUUCUAAUAUUAAGAUGCUCUGCGAAUCUUGUAUUGGUGUGAAGGACGCUGAUAGUUGCACUUCUCUCGACUGUCCAAUAUUUUAUCGAAGAAGCCAGGCACAGAGAGACAAUACACAAACUUCAUAUUUAUAUAAUUUAAUGCAGUGCAUGGAACAUUUGAACUGAUCCACUCAUCAACAAGUUAAAGAGAUUCUAGUACAAAAUUGUGAUAUGCAAACACAGAAAAUGCACCUGGAGUUUCAAAUAAUUUAUGCAAUGUACACUAUUGUAAAUACUGUUACUUUAUCAAAACUUAUUUUGUAUAGAUCAUAUUUUUUUACAAAAAUUUGUUAACUGUAUCAUCAAUGAUUCAUCAAAAAUAUAUUUUGUUGUA